CAAAUAUUUUCACUUUUCCAAUUAGCAUUCAUUAAUCAUCAAAUCUCCCAUCCCAAUAAAUUACAAAGUACACGUCCACCUUUCCCAGCUCGUCUUCUCACUUCUUCAAAAACCAAUUACACGCACCGCCAUAACAAUCAGCAAUGGCAUCAUCCUCUCCGCUCACAUCGACAUACUCCUCCCCACUCUCCGCCAACCUCGACUUCAUCUCUCGCGCUAAACACCGUCUCUAUGACACUUUCUCCACUCCUCGUCCAUGGCGUCAAAUCUUUCAGUACCACUCUCUUUCCUGCCCUUACAACCUUCCCGACGCAAUUUCACGUCUCAAAACAAACCUCUGCUACUUCCGAAUGAAUUUCGUCAUGUUUAUCCUUUUUGUUCUCUUCCUCUCACUUCUUUGGCAUCCUUUCUCUCUCAUCGUAUUCCUUGUAAUGAUGAUUGCUUGGCUUUUCCUGUACUUUCUACGUGAUGAACCGCUUGUUUUGUUUUCCCGAUCUGUUGAUGAUCGGAUCGUUUUGAUGGUUUUGUCGGUUCUGACGACCGGUUUUCUUUUGUUGACUGGUGCGACAAGGAAUAUUUGGAUUUCUUUGGCGAUUGGGGUUGGGAUUGUUGUUGUUUACUCGAUUUUUCGAAGGUCUAAUGAUUUGUUUUUAGAUGAAGAGGAAGGUGCUGCUCGCGGUUUACUUUCCGGUCGGACCGGAGUAUAAUUUUUCUUUUAAUUUCAAGGCUCGUUUGGUUGCACAUAAAAAUUCACAAUUACUGCUGCAAUUCAAAUCUAUUAAUACUCUUUUGGUAAUUAAUUUUCUACAAUUUGCAUGAACUUGCACUUAUAAAGUUAUAAAGCAGAAUUUAUUAAUGUGCUUGCUAAAAAACUGUCAACCAAAAUUAUUUAAAUAAACAAUUUUCAAAAAAUUGAAAUUCCAACGGAAUUAUGAGCCAACCAAAUAAGUAUUUUUUAUUUUCACUUACUCAUUUUAUUGGUUAGCUUUUUGGCAUUUGGCAUAUCAUUUGUAAUUGAAAUUUUGAGGGAAUUAUGAGGUAACUAAAUGAAUUUUUAUUUUUUGUUUUCACUUUUUUUUUUCGUUGCAUGCCAUUUUGGCUUAUGUGUAAUUGAAAUUGCACCUAUCCAUUGUUAUUGGUUUCUAAACGGUAGUUAAUUUGCGGUUAUUUUGAUGAGUAAAAAUCUUGUAUUAAAAAUUCAACUAUUAGUG